CUUUCAGGGAAACACCUCUAUUCAGCGCAUCUGUCAGAUAAUAUCCGGUCGAUGCACAAGUCAGGAGGGCAGGGCUGCUAGUACUCUUCAUGUGUCGGCGACUUGGUGAAGAAGGUGAAUACCUGCAGUAGAGCAUUGGUACACAGUGCCAACCAGGAUGAUUCUGGCAGCACUGAAAGGCAUUGGGAAGCAGCUCCUGCGGGUCAAGGUCGUGGACUGUAACACCGAGGACUCCCGCUUGUGUCGAUGCCUCAACACAUUCGAUCUGGUGGCCCUCGGUGUCGGCAGCACGCUGGGGGCUGGCGUCUACGUGCUCGCUGGCGCCGUGGCGCGAAGCAGCUCCGGACCUGCCAUCGUCCUCUCCUUCCUCAUCGCCGCCCUGGCUUCCGUCCUCGCCGGUCUGUGCUACGCCGAGUUUGGAGCCCGUGUCCCCAAAACUGGCUCGGCCUACCUCUACAGCUACGUGACCGUGGGAGAACUGUGGGCCUUCAUCACGGGCUGGAACCUCAUCCUCUCUUACAUCAUCGGAACUUCAAGCGUGGCCAGAGCGUGGAGCGCGACCUUUGACGAGCUGAUUGGACGCCAUAUUGAGGAAUUCUGCAGACAACACAUGACCAUCAACGCCCCGGGCAUCCUGGCAGAAUAUCCUGACAUAUUUGCUGUCUUCAUCAUCAUUACUCUGACGGGACUGCUUGUAUUUGGAGUGAAGGAGUCGGCUUUGGUAAAUAAAGUAUUCACCUGCAUUAACGUGCUGGUGCUGCUGUUUGUGGUCAUCUCUGGCAUGGUGAAAGGAAACCUGGAGAACUGGAAAUUGAACCCUGAAAAGAUCCUCAAUUCCACCAGCAGCAACGACUUCAUGUUCAACAUGACUAGUGAUAUUCCAUCCGAAGAAUCCCUCGGUGAGGGCGGUUUUAUGCCUUUUGGCUUCUCUGGAGUCCUCUCUGGUGCGGCCACGUGUUUUUAUGCCUUCAUCGGAUUUGACUGCAUCGCCACUACAGGAGAGGAGGUGAAGAAUCCCCAGAGGGCCAUCCCUGUUGGGAUCGUGGCCUCGCUCCUCAUCUGUUUCGUGGCGUACUUCGGCGUGUCCGCAGCGCUCACUGUGAUGAUGCCGUACUACAUGCUUGACAAAAACAGCCCUCUACCCGUAGCAUUUAAGUACGUGGGCUGGGAGGGAGCCACGUACGCUGUGGCCAUUGGCUCUUUGUGUGCCCUGUCCACCAGUUUACUAGGCUCGAUGUUCCCAAUGCCCAGAGUGAUCUGGGCCAUGGCAGAAGAUGGCCUGCUCUUCAAAUGUUUGGCUAAAAUCAGCGACCGAACCAAAACCCCUUUAACAGCUACAAUAACCUCGGGUGUUGUGGCAGCUGUGAUGGCCUUCCUGUUUGACCUGAAGGACCUGGUUGACCUCAUGUCCAUCGGCACCUUGUUGGCCUACACCCUGGUCGCUGCCUGUGUGCUGGUCCUCAGGUACCAGCCUGAGCAGCCCAGUGUGGCCUACGAGAUGACCAACACUCAGGAGGAACCGGACAAUGGGGAGUCGUGUAGCGAGGUGAACAUCGACAUUCUGCCCCCGCCCACGGAUCGCUUCACCAUCAAGAAUCUGCUUUACCCUUUAAACACAGAACCGUCACCACUGUCUGGUUUUACUGUGAAUGUGUGCGCCAGUUUACUCGGUGUGUUGGCGUUUGUCUUCAGUGUUGUAGCUGUUCAGGGAGGGAUGGCGCCCUGGUCACUGACUAUCCUUAGUAUCAUCAUGGCCAUCUGUCUGGCUCUCUGCGUCAUUGUGUGCCGACAACCUCAGAGCAAGACCAAGCUUGCCUUCACGGUUCCUCUGCUGCCUUUUCUCCCAGUCAUCAGUAUGUUUAUCAAUGUUUACCUGAUGAUGCAGCUCGACAAAGGAACCUGGCUGCGUUUUGCCAUCUGGAUGGUUUUAGGUUUUGUUAUCUACUUUGGCUACGGCAUUCGAAACAGCACGGAGGCCAAGUCGCAGAAGUCGGGCACCUACACACCACCCUGCAAAAUAAAGGGCGAGCCCAUGAUCCCGGAGAAGCAAGCCUUCCUUCAUGACAGACAGGACGCCGCCGCAGACGACGAAGAUGAUGACGAAGAUUCCUAAGAAAACAUGAGGUUCACUAAUCUACCCUGUUCUGCAUAUUAAGACAAUGACGUGUGUCAAAAAUCUCUUUGAAUCCAGGAGACUUGUACAAGCCCGUCACUCAGAGCAUUGAGUUGUUUUUAUUAUUUUGUCUAGUUUGGCUGUUUGACUCAGUAAAAGUACGAGAUGAAUAUCUGACAAGAUUUUAAAGUUACGGUGUGUAGCAUUCUGGCACAAAGAAACCUACAAUUCAUUGAAUUUAGAUGAAAUGAACUAGUGAAAACAUCGUGAGGAUUAUUCUACAUUAAAUUUCUGCCGAUAGUUCCCUUUCACUUAAAAACAUUAUUUUUAGAUUAAAUGUGAUUUUUAUGUUUUACAAUUUGAUAUGAUCAAUUUUUACCGAGCACAAACGAAGCUGUGGAUCAGAAGCAGUGGCAAAGAAAAAGUUUUCUUUAAACUCAUGUACAGUACAUGCAGUACACAAGUGUAUUGUUCAACUUUAUUUUGAGUCCACAGGAUUAACUUGAUUAUUAUUAUUUCUUUUUUUUUAAGUUGUAUAUGAUCUUGAACAUUUUAAGAGUAUCUGUUACUUUCCUGAUGCGGUACGAUGCUGAGCAAUGAAUAAAACUUCCCGUGCACGUGCACCAGACCCAGUCAUCAGCUGCUGGUUGAUUAAGAGCAUUAACUGACAGAGAAUCGCUGUGGCUUUUAUUACGUGCGCUCAUAACAAGUGAAAUAAUUACAAACUCUCAUAGCUUUUUCGUGAAAUGCAGCUCGACUUUGCUUUUGGGCAACUUUGCUUGGCAGAUGUUCCGUAAAUAUGCAUCACUAAGGCUGUAACUGUGUCCAGAUCACAUGGAAUAAUACUUUUUAAAUCCGCAUCCUUUUGCUUUACAUUUUCAUUUUAAUUAAAAAUAAAGUAAUAAUAAUUGUCAAAGAGCUGAGAAUUUCACUGUGUUUAAAAGAUGACUGCUUUUACUGAGGAAAGUUAUAGAAAACACAUCUGUGUCUUUAUUUUUAUACAAUAUAGCUCAGACAGUCACAACAUGGUGCUACAUGGAACAUGGAUCUGUCUUUGUCCUCAUGCUCACGGCACAAACGUUUAUCUGCAGGGGCCGGGAUGUCUUUCACUUUAACAGAAAAUACAAAAACCAGAACACUAUUUUAAAAACCACACAAUAAAACCCAAUCACAACAGAAGUGAGCGACAACUGAUGUUGACAAUGAAAUGAGCAGAGUAACUUUCUGCCGUCAUGUCAUGGACAUGUGCAUCAAAUGAACUGUCUGUGAAAACUUGUUCAAGCCAGUCGCCAGAUAAAAUGUGAUGCUUUUCUAUUUGAGGAGUUACCGUGUAGGUGCAUUUUACCUUUUAUGGGCACUCUGAGCACUUGUACGGUAAAACUUUGAAUAAACAAGCAUCAUGUUUUAAAGGUACAGUGUGUAGAAUUUAGUGAUGUCUAGUGUUGAAGUUGCAUGUUGCAGCUGAACA